GGGAGCAGAGAUCAAAAUGGCCAUUGGGGAAGUUUUUCUUGGCGCGUUCUUCACAUUCAUAGUCAGGCAGUUGGGCUCUAGUGAGGUGAGAAAGGUCGCACUUCGCUGGAGAAUCAACAAGAAACUGCAGAAACUGGAGAGUAUAAUAUCAAAAAUUCAGGUCGUGCUCAAUGACGCAGAGAGUAAGCAAUUGAAAGACAAGAAGGUGGAGAAGUGGCUAGAUGAUCUCAAACAUUUAGCUUACAACAUUGAGGACGUACUGGACGAGGUCGCAACUGAAGCUCUGCGUCAGAGAGUAGAAACAGAAGUCGAAGCAAGAAAGGUAUGGAAGAAACACGUCCCUCAUCAUUUAAGCCCACAUGCUGUUUCUUUUAAAUUCAAGCUAGGUUCUAAGAUAGAUAAAAUCAAUAAAAAGCUAGAGCAAAUUGCACGAGAAAGGGAUCUUCUCCAUUUGCAGGAGGGAACUGGAGGAGUUGUAAUAAGACAGGAUCGACCGACAGGUUUCUUGAUUAAUGAAUCUUUGGUCUACGGUAGAGAGAAAGAUAGGGAGGAGAUAAUUAAUUUGCUGAUGUCACUUGAACCAAACCAAAAUGAGCUACCUGUAAUUUCCAUAAUUGGAAUGGGUGGAGUUGGCAAGACCACCCUUGCUCAAUUGGUAUACAAUGAUAUGCGUGUAGAGAAUGAUUUUGAUCUAAGAGUGUGGGUUUAUGUCUCAGAAGAGUUCAACGUGGUGAAGUUAACAAAAGCAAUUAUCGAGUCUGCCACUGGAGAGAAUUGUAAUCUUAAUGAGCUAGCUCCACUUCAAGCUAAACUCCAGGAGAUAUUAAGUGGGAAGAAGUUUUUGCUUGUUUUAGAUGAUGUUUGGGUUGAGAACUAUAUUGCCUGGGAUUCCCUAAAAAUUCCAGUUGGGACAGGAGGAAGUAAAAUUCUAGUGACCACACGAAAUGAAGUUGUUUCUUCAAAAGCUACUCGCUCUGCUCAUGCUUAUAGGCUUAAACUCCUAUCAGAUGACCAUUGCUGGUCACUGUUUAAACGCCAUGCAUUUAAAGAUGAAACCUUGGCUUCUACAAACUUGGAAUUGAUUGGCAAGGAAAUUGUCAAGAAAUGUGAAGGUUUGCCUUUAGCAGCAAAAGCACUUGGAAGUCUUUUGUUUGGAGAAACAGAGGAAGAUAAGUGGAAUAAAAUCUUGAACAGUGAAAUAUGGAAUUUACCGAAUGAUCCAAUUAUUCCUGCCCUGAGAUUAAGCUACUAUCAUCUCCCUGGACAUUUGAAGCGGUGUUUUGCUUAUAGCUCCAUAUUUCCAAAAGGUUUUGAAUUUGACAGGGAGAAGUUAGUCUUUCUCUGGAUGGCAGAAGGUCUGCUGCAACCAGAACAUGGGAAAGAAAUGGAAGACAUUGGUGAUGAAUAUUUUAACCAUCUACUUCAGGCAACAUUCUUUCAACAAUCAAGACUCAAUAAAUCCAGGUAUGUGAUGCAUAACCUUAUGAAUGACUUAGCACGAUUUAUCUCAGGGGAAGCAUGCCUAAGGUUGGAGGGUGGAACCAAUGCUGGUAACAUUUCGAGGUAUGAUUUUAGAAAGGCUCGGUUCUGCUCAUAUUAUCGUAGACAAUAUGAAGGGUUAACAAGGUUUAAGAUCUUUGAUGAAGUUGAGAAUCUGCGCACCUUCUUACCCUUAAAACAACAAUAUUUUCAAUAUGAGCAUGAGCACUCAUACCUACCUAAACAGGUCAUCCAUCAUCUGUUUACCAAACUAAGAUGCUUGCGUGUGUUAUGUUUGAGUUAUUAUUACAUUACUGAGUUGCCAGAUUCCAUAAGCAAUUUGAUCCAUCUGAGGCUUCUUGAUCUCUCUCAAACUCCAAUUAGAUGUUUACCUGAAUCAAUAUGUUCACUCCACAAUUUACAGACUCUGUUACUUGUUGGCUGCCAAGAACUCACUAUGUUGCCUCGAAAUAUAGGGUGCUUGAUUAACCUCCGACAUCUGAAAACAAACGAAUGCCUCCAUUUAAUGGGAUUAGCAGCACAAGGAAUAGGCAGAUUAACGAAUCUGAGAACUUUGUCUAAUUUUGUUCUGCAUGACUCUUUCAAUGAGUUAAGGAAUUUGUCAUCACUCCGAGGAAACAUUUGCAUUUCCAUAAUGUUUGUAAGUAUUUAUCACUCCAAAGAUAAGGAACAGUUCAUUCUGAAGGAUAAGGAACACCUUCGUGGGCUAGAAUUACAUUGGAUUUCUUCUUAUGAUCUCACAUCAUUGUUUCAUGAGAAUGUCUGCUCUUUAUUCAACUUGUUAGAGCCUCAUACAAACCUAGAGGAGCUCACAAUCAAUUGCUAUUUUCCACAGUGGACAGGGACAUUUUCUCAUCUCAGAAAACUUACCUUACAUAGUUGCUCUAACCUAACCGUGGCUGAUAAAUUGCUUCAUUGUUUCCCCAACUUGGUUAGAUUAGAAAUAAGAGACUGUGAGCAGUUGACUUCUCUUCCAGAAAUUAUUCCAUCUGAUGCUCAUUUGCUUCAAGUUAGCCAAAGGGGCAAGAAAAGUGCUCAAGCAUCACCCAAAGCAUUUGGUGAACAACAUGGCCUGCAAGAACUUGUCAUUUGUAAUUGUCCCAAGUUGAUAGAGCUACCAUAUUCCCUGCUUGCCUUAACAAAUCUUAAAAUGCUGGGAUGCCAGAGAUUGAUUACACUUCCAAUGCUUCCAUCACUCAGAGAACUGGAUUUGGCAGGGCCAUGUGACGAUGAGAGCAAUAUACUAACAAGCAUUGCUGGCAUCAACUCACUUCAUUCAUUGCGUAUCUCCCAUUUUUCAAGGCUGGAACGUUUACCAAAGGGACUUCUGCAGGGUUUAUUGCUGCUUCAAGAUUUGGAGAUUUCUGAUUGUGGCAUGCUUAGUGAUCUGAGGGACAAUCUGGGAUUCCCAUGUCUUUCUUCUCUUUGCCGGUUAGAAGUUGAGAAAUGCCCUGAACUCGUAUCCUUGCCAAUGGAUGAGCUACCAUCUGGACUUCAAUUUUUGCGUCUCUCAAAUUGUUAUAAACUGGAAUACUUGCACUACUUGGGUUUGCUAACUGGCUUACGAAGUCUCUCUAUCGUCAACUGCAAUGAGAUCUGUUUGUUGCCUGAGGAUUUGUGCAACCUCGUAUCUCUUCAUGAUUUGAAGAUUGAAUCUUGUAGUAAAUUUAUGAACUUUCCCGAGACAGGAUUACCCAUUAGGCUUGAACGCCUUGAGGUCAAAUGUUGCAAGGCUAUUAGUUUCCUACCAGCAGGGAUGCUGUACAACCACCCAUCUCUUAAAUAUUUGAUUAUUGAGGGGUGUGAUCAUCUUAAUUUCAUCCCAAGAUUUGGUUUGGAAACUUCGUUAAAAGCCAUUCAGAUCAAAUCUUGUCAGGAGCUGAUAUCCCUACCUGAGGAUUUACAGAAUCUUGCUUCACUUGAGCAUUUAGAAAUCGAAGGCUGUCCAUGCAGAUCUUUUCCAGAAGGAGCUCUACCCACCACAAUCACCCUGCGCUCAGUUUGGAUCUCUGAGUGUAAGAAUCUUGAGUGCUUCCCAAAUUACAUGCACAAUCUUACGUCAAUUCAAGAGCUGCGAAUUUGGAAAUGUCCUAAACUCAGUUCGUUUCCUGAGGAGGGGUUACCCAACAAUCUACAAUCCCUUUCCAUCAAGGACUGCAAAAAUCUUGCAUCCCUUCCCGAUCAUUUGCACAAGUUGACAUGUCUUCAAGAACUGGAAAUCAAGGACUGCAUUAUGAUUGGCCUCUUGGCCAACUUGGGACUAUGCAAGCUCACAUGUCUUAGGAACCUAACAAUUGCAGGAUGUGAUGAUCCAUUUUCUUCUUGGGAAUCGUUGCAACUGCCCACUACCCUUACGUCUCUUUGCCUGGAACAGUGUAACAAAUUAAUAUCCCUUCGCAAUUGGCUGCCAAACCUUACAUUGCUUGAAAAAUUGGUAAUCAUAAAUUGUUACAAACUCACAUCCUUGUCAGGGGUGCGUCUGCUCAACCAGCUUUCUCAUCUAGAAAUACAGGGCUCUUUGUUGUUGAAGAAACUGCACCUUAAGAAUAAAAGGAAAACUUGGUCCAAAAUGGCACAUAUUCCUUACAUAAAGAUUGAUAAUAUGGUAUUCUGAAGAAAGAUCAGACGAGAGAUAUUUACAAACAAAAAUAGCUUAUCAGCCCUUUCUUCAGAUGGAGGAUAGGAUGCUUGAGCUAUUAUCAACAUGGAUACCUCUCUUGCACAAGGAAAUUUCCUGCUUGACAAGGUUGGGCUUCGGUGAACUGUCACCAAAGACAAGUUGAAGCAACACAAAAACACUACUAAAAAUUUCCUCUGGUUGGGCUUUGGUGAACCAUCACCCAAGACAAGUUGAAGAAACAUAGAAUAUUCAGUGGUUACUUGUAUGAGCAGUGGAAUAUUCGGAAGUUACCAAAUCCUCUCUAUGCUUCACCAUUAAUUGUAUAGGCAUCCUACCACAUUACCUGUUCCUCAAAUAACUUUUGGCCAAAGAUAUAUACAGGGUUCCCAUUCAUCUUCAUUUCUGGGGAAAUUUGACUUUUAUGCUGGUUUGGUGGUAUCCUCUGGUUCAAAAUAUUGGUAGCAAAAUGUUUUCCCAUAGGCAAUAUUUGGUUUUGAAAGCAAAGAAUCAGAAACACUGUUUUGGUUCAUUUUCUGCUAUUGUGGGCAAUUUUGGAUCACGAUGAGAAUAUGGGGUUGGGUGCAGGAAAAAUAAGGAUCCCCAAAACAGAGCUCAAUUCUAAGUAGCUAGCAACCAAAUUACAAUUCCAUGUAAUCUGAUUCUAUCUCAUGCGCUUUUUAAUUUAUUUUAGCCAUCUACAUGUCGGGUUCUGGAUGCAAAUGUCUCAGGUUUUCAUCUAGUGAGCAUUGGAGUUGUCUAAGGACGAAGUACUUGGGAGUAGAGGCUGAUUGUAGUCACAAGGAAAUUUGGUUUUGGAAUUUAGUUUGGAAAGAGUACAAAAA